AUGGGACGGAGGGAGGGGGAAACAGCAGCAGCAGCAGCAGCAGCAGCAGCAGCAGCGGUAGUCAACGCAGCUCCUGCUGCCGAAGUUGCUGCCAGAAUCAUUCCUGCGAAGCAGCAGCAGCAGCAGCAGCAGCAGCAAAGCUUCCACAGCAGUGCCGCAACAGCAGCAACAGCAGCAGGCCUCUUCGCGCGCUGCAGCAGCAGCAGCAACAGCAACAGCAGCAAACCUCCCAACGCACUGCAGCCAGCAGCAGCAGCAGACCUCCCAACGCACCCCACCCAGCAGCAGCAGCAGCAGCAGCAGCAGCAGCAGCAGCAGCAGCAGCAGCAGCAGCCUCACCGUGUUGGAAGAAGUCUGCGCCAAGCGCAAGAACUUUUGCUGCAGCAGCUGCGGAUGCUCUGCUGA